AAGAGAUUGAAGUAUAAAGACUUCCCAAUUGUCGGACCCACACUUGUAUCUUUUCUCGAAUUCCACUUGGAACAAUUUGACCAAACUCCUCUGCACUUCUGACCUCGGCUGCCUCAAGAAUUUUCUUAUAGGAAGAUGGAACCUCAUCCUCACAUCCUCCUAAGUCCUGAUUCCCCUAACCAAAAAUCCAUAUUCAGCUAAGAAAUUCUCCGGCAAUAAAAAAAAAAUGGAAACUUCCCAUUUUACCUUUUCCUUUCUUCUGGUCGCCUUCUCCUACCUCCUCUCACUUUGCGCCCAAAUGACCGUAUUGACCGGAAACUUUAAAUGCAGCAGCUCACCCUCCACGUGUAUCUCUCUCGUCGGUUACUCUAGCAGGCAUUCCACAACGUUAGGCAAUAUCCAAACCCUCUUCUCCGUCAAGAACUUCCGUUUGAUCCUAGAAGCCAACAACCUCCCAUUCUCCACCACAGACGCUGAACGCGUGAACCCAGACCAGGUCGUACGCAUCCCAAUCCCUUGUUCUUGCUCAAACGGAACCGGCGUUUCGAACAGGGUUCCGGUUUACAAGGCAAAGCAAGGCGAGUCGCUCCACUACAUGGGAAUUGAGAUUUUCGGAGGGUUGGUUAGUUACCAGAAGAUCAGUGACAUGAACAGUCUAACUGACAAAAGCGAAAUAAAAAUUAGUCAAAAGUUUUGGAUCCCUUUGCCUUGUAGCUGUGAUCAGUUGGACGGUCAAAAUGUUGUCCACUAUGCACAUGUGGUCAAAGAAGGAAGCUCACUUGGUGAGAUUGCAGCUCAAUUUGGAACGGACAUCACGACGUUGGCACGGCUCAAUGGGAUCUCCGGCGAUGCUCCGUUCCUCGCUGAUUAUCCUCUCGACGUCCCUCUCAGAGGUGAUGCCCGUUAUACACGCUGUGCUCCUAGGUUUCGCUGCGGACAUCUGACAGAUCUCUCUUAUCCCUUUUGGACACCUGAGAGAGAAGAGUGCGGUCAUCCGGAUUUCAAAGUCAACUGCAGCGGAGAUUUCGCAGAGUUUAGUAAAUCGUCGGUUAAGUUCCGAAUACUUGCGAUGAACUAUGAUGAUCAUACCAUAAGACUCGCCAGGAUGGAUUAUAUCAACAAUCUUUGUCUCCAAAACGCCGAGAACGAAACAAUUAACCAACAAGUUCUACCAUAUUCUAGAGAUACCCAGCUCGUAACGUUUAAUUACAAAUGCCCUUCUUCAAUGGAAGACCUGAACUGUGAAGUUGAUAUUGGUGGGCAAUCCUAUCUUUUCUCGUCCCCUUCAAAUCUUACAUCGUGUAAAAGAAACGUCAUCAUUCCAAUUUCUCGAUCUGCCUUGGAGAUAGCAGAAAGAAAUCAGAGUGAGGAGGCUAUAAAGAAGGCUCUCGAUGGCGGUUUUGAACUUAACUUUAACAGCGAUUGUUCCGAAUGUGUAAGAUCAGGGGGCGCUUGUGGACAUAGUCAGGGCUCAAGAGCUUUCGUCUGCUAUUGUAUAGAUGGGAAUUACGAGCAUACUUGCCAUUCUGUAAAGAAGAGUCGUCUCUCCAGAAAAGUGAAAAUAGGCAUCGGACUCGCUUGUGGAUUCAUGGGGACUGUUUCAAUUGCAAUAGGCCUUGUCAUAUUCAAAACUUCAUUGGGCUUUCGAAAGAGAAAAACUUCACAUAAUUCUAGAAACCAUGACCUAAAGGCUCUAACACAACUUAAACAAUACAGUUAUGCAGAAGUGAAGAAAAUUACAAAAUCCUUUUCACAUACGGAUCUUGAAAAUGGAGAGCAUACAAGGAAAUUUGGUGAUGAAAUAACUAGAGAGGAGAAAGAGAUUGCAAAAAAGAUGAUCUUGGUGGGUCUCUGGUGUAUUCAGCCAUGUCCAUCAAAUCGCCCACCGAUGAACAGAGUUGUUGAGAUGAUGGAAGGAAGUUUGGAUGCUCUUGAAGUCCCUCCUAAGCCUUCUUUACAUUUAUCCGCAGCCCCUCUUGCAGAAUCUUCUUGGCUUUCAGAAGAGAAUUCAAGCUACUCUGAGGUAUUGAUA